AUGAGCGGGAUAUCUGGAUCAGCCAGAAAGGUUUUCGAGACGCCUAUGCGGCCUAUUUCUAGGGAGCAGUUUCAAUCUAUGAGGGAGAAAGUUGUGAAGCUGUCCCCCGAACUUUAUCGCACAAGAAUAUUGUCAGAUCCUACGGUAAAUAAGUUUCCUCUGCGUGCUCCGGGCGUAGUAGCUGCCAAUGUGUUCGAAAGGGUAGAUAGUGACCCUAUCGAGGCAGCCAAAUCACAGGUAGUACAUGUACCGGUCUUACCUCCAACGACGCAGGACGACGAUCUACUGCCAGAGCAAGAAGUAGCGAUGGCGACAAGAAUGGCGACAGGAAUGAGGGCGGAAACAGUAGGCAGCGGCUGCGAUGCCAGCAGUGCGAAGCCACUCGGCAAUUACGAGAAUCCGGCACUAGCGGCCUUUACGCGACGCGUCGUGAACAAAGAACAAGAGAUCAAGCGGAUAAUCGCCAAUGUAUGGACACUGCUGAUAUGGAACCUGGUGUACAAGUUCCUGGGGCUUUUCCUCCAGAGUAGCCGCACAGGGCGGUUUAUCUAUCAGUCUUUGUCGCACUUCUUCUACGCGAAUGUCGUCUUCAAACUGAACCCGCACGCGCGCCUCGACUCGGGAUGGUUCCGCUUCUGGACCCUUGAGAACAUCAGCCACCUAAUACACAUGUUGCUGCUCAUCAAUAUCGCGCUCUCGUUGUAUAUGCUGCUGGUGAAGGCACAGCAUAUCACAGUGGGCGAUUUAGGGCUAAAUGAGCGCCAAAAAGAACUUCUAGGAGUCAGUGCCAGCAGUGACACACGGAACUCCAUAAUUGAAGAUGUGACGAAUCCGCGGCCCUUAUUGCACCGUGUCUCCUCCAAGGGCAGCAUGUCGGAACAUAUCCUUCCCUCCGACGCCGCGCAACCUCAGCCUUUCUUAUUCAAGUCCCUCCAAACGCCGCUCCGCUCUUUGAAAGGGCACCCCAGCCCAACUGUGCAGUCUGAGCUACCGUAUACGGGGGGAGGACGAGAGAGCCUCUUCCCCGCUGCGUCGUCACUAGUCUCACAGAAGCUUGCCACGCCUGCACAGCCCGCCAAUCGGCCAGGCUCGGGGUACAUUCCCAGCAGCAAGUAUGCAUACAUGAUGGAUUCCCCAAGUGCAAGAAAAAGAUUGUGA